CCAAAAUGGCGACGGUGGAUGAUAUUGAAGGAGGCCAGGAAGACCCAGAGAGUGAAGAUGAGGUGUAUGAGGUCGUGGACCUGACAGAAUAUGCCCGGAGGCAUCAGUGGUGGAGCAGGGUGUUUGGGAACAACUCUGGCCCGAUUGCUGAGAAGUAUUCAGUCGCCACCCAGCUCAUGAUGGGAGGGGUGACAGGAUGGUGUGCUGGUUACCUCUUCCAGAGAGUGGGGAAGAUAGCUGCUACUGCUGUUGGUGGAGGGUUCCUUCUUUUACAGGUCGCCAAUCACAGCGGCUACGUGCAGGUGGACUGGAAGAAGGUGGAGAAGGAUGUGAACAAAGCAAAGAAACACUUAAAGAAGAAAGCAAACAAAGCAGCCCCCGAAAUAAACACAUUCAUUGAGGAGGUAAAGGCCACAGACUUUAUAAAGAGGAACAUAGUCUUAUCCAGUGGCUUCGUCGGUGGCUUCUUCCUUGGUUUGGCCUCUUAAAAGCUGCUGCACAUGCUGCAGCCUCCACUUACUGUGAAUCGCAUCACUACAUAAGUCACUUUUCCUCGCCAUUGUUUACCUCCCAGCCUCAAGUUUGCAUCGAUCGACCUUCUAAUGAACUGAACAAGGGGGGAGGGGGGUUUAUGUUGAACAUUAGAGCAUGAUCUGUUGUGACAGUUGUGUUAACUGCUGUUCUACUCCUCCCUGUUGUUUAUUACACCUGUCGUAGCUAAUUUUCUCCUGUAAGGAAGGGCGAACACACACUCUGAAUCAAUAGAAAAUUUGGGGUGCUUGGAUUGUACUGUAAAGAAUCUUCUGUGGGACCAUCACAGAUCUUAAUCAGACUGCUGAAUAUGUCAAGCUGCCACACACUAGCACCAAUUCCUUUUUUUUGCUGUUUCAAAAUGAGAUUGUCCAUCCACUCAUUUAUUUGCCUGGUAGAGACUGAUCUCAAAUUGCUAUGAUGUGCAGCCGCCAAUGUAAAUAUAUAGCCGGCCCCCUUUCAGAGCUGUAAAUACACACACACACAUACAUGUGAAUAAAUAUGAAAAAAAAACAAACAUGGAUGGCAGCAGAGUGUGAAGUUGACAGCGUCCCCCAGUCUAGUGGUUAGAGGUAUUUUUAUGUAACUGAAGUUUAUGAGGCUUACGUGCCAUUUGAGCAUGUAAGAAAACACAAUUCAGCUUUUAAAAUUUGUCACACUGGCUGGGGGAUGAACAAAAAAAAUUAUUUUCCACUCUGAACAGGAGUUCUUAUUGAUAUACAACACAUCAUGAGCAUAAAUCACAACUAAAUGUUCAAUCUGGGAAUGUUCUCUACUUUACACUGGCCGCAGAGUAUAUUAAAUACAGAUGUGUUCUUUUAAUUCUCAUAAUUGUCAGCUCCACAAUACCAUUUAAUGACAGGAUGAGGAUCUGCUGUAACACUAAUUACCACCAUCACUAAGCUAGACACCAAAAGAGACACCAGACCUGUCAUUAAAGAGUGUAAUGGAGCAGUGAUUGUGACUCCUACGCCCUCGCUAUUGUCAUUGUGCAUUUAGUAGUGUGAGUGUAGCAAUAACACAACAGCGAUACUGCAUUGUAGUGCGUCAUCACAUCAUCUAGAUAUAAACUCUACACAUAGAUGUCCAAUUAUGUUCACAAGUUGCUUAUGUUAUUUCUCGCCUUAUUCUACCAGUGCAAUGUUUCAGAUGGACUUUUUUUUUUUUUAAGCGCAUGUUACAAAAGUGUUGUUUUGUAUGCUCAUGUUUCCCUCAUUGUUUAUAUUUAAUAUUAUUUUGAUAACCUCAUGUGAGCUGUAUGAAUUUUUGUUGGGUUUCUCUUUAUAAAGUUGCCUAAUUUUGUUUUGAGUAAGAAUAAAGUAAGAUUUUAAAAAA